CCGCGGGGUAACCUAUAUCCGUUGUUUAAAAAAAAAACAAGGCAUUUACUUAGGGAUGCUUAGUCAACGGUUGGUGGUUUCAAAUUGCAAUAUUUGUUUUAAAUCAGUUUGAAGCCACCGUCGGCCGACUUGACAUUACAAUUACCCCCGUUUCUAAAAGCAACGAAUAUAGGUUACCCUACGGAUAAAGGCGAACUAGUGUUACCACUUCAAGGUCAAGCUGUUGCCAGUAGCAAAAUGACUAAAAGGUAAAUGUGAUUUCAUAUGUCGAUGCCACAGGAUAAAGUCGUCUGACAUUUCUAUCCCAUACUGUUAUAUCCACCAGCAAGCUCAUUAAUAUUCCGUGCAGGUCCAUGUACGUGCGACAUUGUUCUCUGUGGUAACGUGGUGUAAAACUCGCCAACAACACAGUUAGGGUGGAACCAGCGUAGCUCAAUACAGAGCCAGUCUAUCGAGACGACGUUGACAUAAUGAAAUUAGGCUUCCUGUUUUCUUUACCGUUGAGGAACUAUAUUUUUUUUAAUGUUGUUGUUGUUGUUGUUGUUUUUGAGUCUCGAAGAGAUUGUAGCACUGGAGACCUUUAGAGCUGGUAUGUUAUGUAGACAUCAUCACAGCUUUUUGUUCAGCCGAGUUAGACUACAUGGAUGCACACAAACCGACAUGUUACUAAGGUGUUACAUUCCGUCAGUUAACCCUUGUGCAGCUUUUUUUAAAGCACUUGCGACCCUUUCAGAGUACAAAAAAUCUCUCUGUUUGUAAUAGUCAAUAUGAUAUUUUCAAGCCAGAACAGCUCCUAUGGAAGAGCACAGAUGAAUGGUCAAGCCCUGCCCACUUUCCCACGCUGCUACGGCGGUCACCUUAGUUCACCUGAGAUAUUUGGCAGAGUCCAUUCUCCAGUAGUCUUACUCUUUCUUGUUGAGGACAUGGUAGGCUGGCCGUCACAGGCGUUCCGACAGGAUGUUUACGCGCUCGUUUAGAGGAUCGUCCGUAUGAAUGGCCAUUAGCUGGGCUUGGAAGGGAAGACUUAAGCCGCUUGCUGCUGUGUAGCAAGCCUGGGGGGCUGCUGGAGAUCUCGCCUGCUUGCCAAAUCUCAUUCAGCUGCCGGAAACUUUUAACUUCUGACAAAGCCGGUCCGAGCUUCGCGUGUGGAGGUCUUGGGGUAUCUACUCUCCCCUGGGAGGUUUUCAGUGCGGACGUAGGGUCAAGAGCGGGGGCAGGUGGGACAAGUGUUUCAAAGCAUCUACAAUAUGCAAAAAAGGCAUCGCACAGUCAUUUGUGACGUACGUAGAAGCUUAUCGGGUACUAUAAACGCACAUCACGCAAAGAGUCGUAAUACAUUGGACUUACAGUAGCUUGUGUGAUGAUAUUGUUCCUAUCAGGAUUGCAGCUUUGUGCACCUCAAGUGUGUCCCAAGGGCCAGUUUUGUGUUACCAUUCUCGGAGCUUAACCCGUGAUCUAAUCAGUUACCUCUUCACUGCCGCAAAUACCAACAGGCCGCAUAUUUUGGCGCUUUUCCCCUACGGAAAUGUUUAACGGUUGAAACGUGACAACAAAGCGUGUCAUCGGCACGCGGCUACAUUAUAUCCAUAGACAUCCAGGACGUGUUAAACGGCAUGUCUUCUCUGUUCUCAGAUAUGCUGGAGAGAAGGCGCUCGGUCAGGCUUCUGACGCUGGCCUUUUACGUGCUACAUGUGAUCGGCCACGUGAACCCAACAUCGACUCUACAUGUCAAAUAUCAGCAGCAGAAGGCCAAAAGUGAACGUGCAGCAGGCAAACUAUUCCAGCGGAGCCAACAGACUUGUACUUCGCUAGACAAGUCGGUUCAUCCCGACCAUCCCCACCUGCGGCACCCCCGGGCUGCUCCCGGGGGGGACAAGUUCGGAAAGGCGCUGUACUUCAGUGGGAACGAGGUACUCAAGUUGAAGGGUCCCAACAGCGUCAAUGACUACUCCACCAUCCCGCGAGAGGCUUUCACGGUGGAGGCUUGGGUGAAACCAGAGGGAGGCCAGGACAACCCGGCCGUCAUUAUGGGUGUAUUCGACGUCUGCUCCAUGUCGUCACGUGACAAAGGGUGGUCUCUCGGCAUCAACUCUUCAGAGGAGGACGGAGAGAGAGACGCACGCUUCUACUUCCGGUUGCGCACUGACCGUGCCCGCCAGGCCAGUACCAUAGUCGCUCACUACCGAUACGAGCCCAACAAGUGGCUGCACUUGGCCGCAUCUUACAACGGACACCGUAUGGCAUUGUACAUCAAUAGUGCAAAAGUUGGCGUCAGUUUGGAGCAGAAAGGAAGUCUGUUUAGCAGAACCUCUAGCAAGUGUAAAGAACUGGAAAUCGGAGGUGAUCUUGCAAUUCGCAACUUCUUUAGAGGCAAUUUCGAUAACUUUCUGUUGUGGUCGGACUCAGUUCCGCAUAGACAGAUAAAAAACAACAUGCACAACCCAACUAUACCCAAAGGAACCAAAAACCUGUUGAUGCAGGAUGACUUCAGCAAUCAUGACAUGUGGGUAACGACAAAUGACAAGAACGUCGAGGUGGUGUUGUCUGACGUACCACUUCAACCACUGGACCUCCGACUCACGGCGCCGCCAUGCGGACUUACCGUGUGUGACAAUCCGGAGGUGGUCCACUCCCACGCAGAAAACUGGCAACUCCGGGUGCCAAAAGAAGUGCGCUAUAGAGUGAUCAAUGUCGCGGAAGACGACGGGAGAAACCCGACUGUGUCCCGAGAACAAAUCCAGUACCAACAUAAGAAACUAAACGAGGCUUUCCAGUCCUACAACAUAUCAUGGUCGUUGACCGAAGUGAACAUCUACAAUACUUCUCUGAGACGCACCACCAUCAUCUCUGACUGCGAACCGUCUAUGGUCGGGAACGGAGUUUGUAAUCCCGACUGCAAACACGAGGUAACAGGGAACGACGGUGGAGACUGUGAUGAGUUGGAGCAGCAAUGUCAAGUGGAGAUGGUAGGUGACGGGACUUGUGACACCUCCUGUAACCGAGUGUACCAUCAUUGGGACGGUGGGGACUGUUGUAAUCCUGACACGACAGAGACCUACAGAACGUGCUUUGACCCUUCAUCGCCAAACAAAGCAUACAUGAGCCUGAGAGAGUACAAGGCUAUCCUGGACUUCAACAGCACAACCCACUUAAACUUGUACUUUGCAGCCUGGACGCAGGAGGCUCGUUUGGGCAUAGCAACGUUCCCAUGGGAGAAAGAAGUACACGGAGUGUACGGUGGAACCGUCUUGCAGCCAGAGAACUUUGGUCGUCCCAAUGUGACCGACUUGAUGAUCCAUGAGUUAGGCCAUAACCUGGGACUGUGGCAUGUCCACCACGGAGUAGACGAGAUGGACUGUAGCAAUGAGUGCCUUGAGACGCGGCCUUCUAUGGAGCUAGGAGAUCUCUGUGCCGACACCCACCCCACCCCGAUGAACAAUGAAUGUAAGGACCCUGACUAUGACCAGAGCAAGUGUGGACUGGCCCCUUUCAAACACACGCCAUAUAACAACUUUAUGAGCUAUGCAGACGACUCUUGCACGGAGUCCUUCACACCCCAGCAGACAGCCCGCAUGCACUGUUACCUAGACUUGGCCUACCACGGCUGGCAAGUACAGAAAACGCUUCCCGCCAUCGUCCUUCCCCCGAAAGUCCUUGUCGUCACAUCCAAGACCCUGUCAAUUGGCUGGCUGCCGCCACUGACCGGUGAACUGUUUGGAAUGAGCCGAGAUUGUGGAAGAUGCACGCGGCACAAGACACUUGUGCAGUACGGCAGCACUGCGUACUCACCCAAUCCAAGCAAACCUAAGGGAUACUGGGGAUGGACCACCAGUGAAGCUACAGGUCCGCCUGAUGCAGAGUCGUGCAUCCCCAGUGGGAAGGGCUGGCUGCCGGACGUCACCAUGUGCAACCCCUGUUAUAUUGAGCUGGGCCUGGACAUCCCUGUCGUACCUUCCAGGCUAUCAGUCUGGGUCAACUGGAACGCUGCCAAUGGAAUCAACAACAUCCUCCUCAUAUACAUAGACGGCACCGACACUUCUCUUGGCAGUGUAAAUGCAUAUUGUGAUAUGCCAUUCACAACAAAAAUCAAAGCGUAUAAGAAGUUGAAAAAGAUCCGCAUCUAUACAAGUUCUCCAUAUGUCAGCAUCGACGCUGUUCAGGUUGAAUCUUCUACAGCACAUCCUAUUUGUGAACACUGCAAGAAGAUCAAGUACAAAGUUAGAAGAGAGCCUCCCUUCGCAAUUGGUGAAGAGACGGCAGUGGACACAACAAGUUUUUUGGACAGUGACGUUCAGGCUGGAGUGAUGUACAAAUACUGGGUAUCAGCUGCCGUAGGGUCCGUCACGAGCAUGCCCUCCCCAGUUCUAGAGUACAGCUUCCCUGACGCUUUCUGUGGUGACGGUGCAAUACAGGGCAGUGAGGAGUGCGAUGAUGCCAAUGCCAUCUACGGCGAUGGUUGUGAUCUCGACUGUCAAUUAGAGGAGUUUUUCCAUUGUGAAGGAGAGCCAAGCCUGUGUUAUCUGCAUGAUGGUGAUGGUGUUUGUGAAGACUUCGAGCGGCGUUCCAGCAUCCAAGACUGCGGCUUCUACACACCACAGGGCUUUACAGACCAAUGGGCCUCCGAGGCAAUGGCUAACCCAAAAUACCAGAAUAACGCCUGUCCCGAGAACGUGAUCAUUGGACCUCCUCUGAGAACUCAGGUACGUCGCCGAACUGAAGUUGUUGCUAUUUUGUUGGCUUGUCCACCAUUACAGAUGUGCAGACCAGAGGUCGACCCUCUGACAGCCUGGCAACCCUGUUCCUUCUCAGAUGGAAUAGAUCUUUACCCGUUAUACUGGCUACGGGUGACAUUCCCACGUCCGGUGGUUGCUGUUGCCGUCAUCAUUUACCUGGCUUCAGAUGGCAUCACCGAAAGGAGUGAUGAACAGAAAACCGUUUCUGUGUCCCUGAUUGACACAGAGGGCAGGGAACAUGACAUCGCAUCACGGCAGGUCCCCCUGUCCUGUAAACAUAACCCAGUCGAGGUCCCAGUGGUACAUGACCUUACUGCACCCUUCUACCACACCAAGGCAACAAAGAUCAAAUUCAUAUCCAGCAACAUUGCUAUCUCCGCCAUUGCGCUUCGCUCCUCCAACACUCUGGAUCCAGUUGCCAUCUCACGAUGUCAACAUGGAGAGCUGUACAACCCAGCCAGUCAGCAAUUUUUCAAAGGAGAGCCAAGCCUGUGUUAUCUGCAUGAUGGUGAUGGUGUUUGUGAAGACUUCGAGCGGCGUUCCAGCAUCCAAGACUGCGGCUUCUACACACCACAGGGCUUUACAGACCAAUGGGCCUCCGAGGCAAUGGCUAACCCAAAAUACCAGAAUAACGCCUGUCCCGAGAACGUGAUCAUUGGACCUCCUCUGAGAACGCAGAUGUGCAGACCAGAGGUCGACCCUCUGACAGCCUGGCAACCCUGUUCCUUCUCAGAUGGAAUAGAUCUUUACCCGUUAUACUGGCUACGGGUGACAUUCCCACGUCCGGUGGUUGCUGUUGCCGUCAUCAUUUACCUGGCUUCAGAUGGCAUCACCGAAAGGAGUGAUGAACAGAAAACCGUUUCUGUGUCCCUGAUUGACACAGAGGGCAGGGAACAUGACAUCGCAUCACGGCAGGUCCCCCUGUCCUGUAAACAUAACCCAGUCGAGGUCCCAGUGGUACAUGACCUUACUGCACCCUUCUACCACACCAAGGCAACAAAGAUCAAAUUCAUAUCCAGCAACAUUGCUAUCUCCGCCAUUGCGCUUCGCUCCUCCAACACUCUGGAUCCAGUUGCCAUCUCACGAUGUCAACAUGGAGAGCUGUACAACCCAGCCAGUCAGCAAUGCCAUGCUGCAAUGACGUGCAAAAAAACAACGUGCCCUCCGCUCAUGGUGAAGUACGCCUCGGUGAACUCCAGGACGCUGAAGAGAGACUCCCUGUCCAACUGUUCCGGAAUGCAGGAUGGUGACAGCUGCUCUGUGCAGUGUAACAGGGGGUACCUGCCCAUGGGACCUCGCUAUGUCAUGUGUAUCAAAGGCCGUUGGAAUACUGAGGACCUGUCCUGCAAACCCAUGGACUGCAGGGAACCCAAUAUUCCACAUGCAUCAAUAGUCUGCAAGGAGGGCCAUUCAUUUGGGAAAAAGUGCACAUUUAAGUGUAAACCUCCUGCCAAACUCCAAGGUGAUGACAACACUAUACGGUGUGAGGAAGACGGGCUAUGGUCACUGCCUCAGGCGUUUUGCCAGCUGAUCUGUGGUCCGCCGCCGAAGCAGGAGAACGCUAAUCUGGCCACCCGGCGGUGCCUGGACUCCACCAACCACCACGUCGGUACCUCCUGCAAGUUCCGCUGUAAGCGAGGCUAUCACGUGGUCGGUACGUCUUCCCACAGUAUGCCUCCCUAUGACAGACGAGUGUUCCGUCGAAGCUGCUCUGAGGAGGGCCUAUGGGAGGGGCCGACCUGUGAGCGUGUCAAGUGCAAGUCACCUCCGCCCAUGUUCAAGGGGCUGUACAACUGCACCAUGGGGUUCGACUACCAGAGCAAGUGCACUCUGAGAUGUGGAGAAAAUGAUAAGAUGGGAACUACCAUAACCUGUCAGCGGGAUGGCAACUGGGACGGAGCCUUCAAAAUGUGCAAGAACCUGAAAGGAGAUUGUCCCAAGAUACAGAGUAAAGAUGAUGUUGCCUUCCAAUGCAGAGGCUCCAGCAUUGGAGCAACAUGCAAGGCAGUGUGCACUUCGGGAGGGAAUAUUCCAAUCAUCACAAGAGCAAACGACAAAAUGUUCCAGACCCCACGUAGUGAAGACCGGCGAGGACCGACUUCUCCUCACAGCUGGUCGUACAAGUCUUUGGCUAACAAGUUCGAGAAGAUGGCCAAAUCCAAGAUGACGAUGACCACCGUAAAAGACGUCCUGUUGACGUGUACAGGAGGGCUUGCCUGGUACCCUGACCCACUGGAUGUGGGAUGUGUGAAAGAAUGCAGCGAGGAUUUCAUUGAUGAUGGGUGGUGUGACCAGCAGAACAACAGAGCUUUCUGUAACUAUGAUGGCGGAGACUGCUGUGAGUCAACAAACGGAAACGGAAAGGUGCAGCCGUUUCCUGCAAAUUGCAAAGAAGAGUGUAGAUGUAAGGAUCCAAACGCCAUCGAAAACAGAAACGGAAAAGGCAAAGAUAAGUCCAAGGGUGUACUUGAUCCCAUCUGGGACAGAGAAACCAACUAUAGUCAAGAGGUCUCUGCUGAAAAACUAAAUGAGUAUUCAUAUAAUGACAAAGCUGAUGAUGGCUUCGACUAUAUCUAAGUGCAUGAUGUUAAAUGUAUAUACUAGAUACUUUCAUGACCCACAGAUUUUGAGGAACCAAGUACAUGUACAUUUGUAGCUUCAGUGUAGCUGUGAUUAAAUGGGGCUACAAUGCCUUGCUUAUCAGGAGACAUAUCUUCAGCGGAAUGAUGCAUGUGAGAGGCUUAGUGAGUAGUUCAAGAUGUAUAUAAUCUAAAUCAAUCAGGAGAUUACAACAUAAGUGUAUGACAUAUUCUCCUGAUGACUGCCAUCGUAUCUAAAUGAUUGGUGAACAGCCUCAGUAUCUGGUCAUUUGGAUGACAUGGAUUAUAAGAUUACUAUCGCAUUAUCAUACAAAAGUUUACACGUGUGUCUAUUCUAUCAGACAGUGCAUUGCCAUCAUACUUGUAUAUUUUGUUUCAUAAAAAGUCUCACUUUCUGCUUAGGAAACAUUCAUAUAGAGAAACAUUCAUAUAUACAAAAUAUUCAUAUAGAGUGCCUCACUAGGGAGAGAAAGCUACUGAGUAUGUCUGACCGUCAAGACGUUACUGUUGCCACAGAACUAAUCCCCAGCUAGGAAGUAGUAACCUUACUGUGUUGUCAGGACGAUGCGUUGGGCGGAUUUCCGAUGAUCUGAUAACAAAUACCGCUUAUGGCUUUAAUCAUUGACGAUGUAAAUUGCAGAGCAGAAGGUCGAAUUACUUUUGACCAAGCAUAAGGCCAUGUUGAUUUCAUUAUAUGGAUGACAUCCCUUGGGAACCCCAAAAAUGAUGCAAGCAUGGAAUAAAAAUAGUUUGGCCAACAAAAGUUGCCUUAAUUAUGAAAUCUAAGUGGUCAGGAAUAGGGGUGGUACGGUGUGCCGGUACAAAACUGGUUUUUCUUAUUGGACCGGUCCAAAAAAAACGGACCUGAAAAAAAUCGGUAGACCGGAUGUUGGACCUAUUAUGAAAUAAACAGAUUACAUAAUCAGGAAUUUACACAUUUGAGGGGUUACCGGUCGAAGAAAAUAACAAGAGCGAAGCAGAGUAACGUUAGAGCUUACAGUCAUUUUAUGCGAAAUUACAGUCAAUUAUACAGAGGCAGUCAGUCUUGCAGGAUUUUGGAACGCCAGUGGGAGUCAAAUACACCACAAAACAUACUUGUAGCGAAAUGGACCAUUGUUUUGAGUAUCGUCCAUCCACAAGUUCUCACAUACUGAAUCAGGUCCAGGUUCAGGUCCAAACCUGGACCUGACCCUCUGUACCUAAACCGGACCUGGACCUGAAUUUUCCGGUACCGGUACCCAUCCCUAGUCAGGAAGGUUGAACAAAAGUCUGAACACACAGAGUAUGCUAUGACCGCACCAUACAAUAUAAAUUUUCGUUCUUUAACACCUUCUGAAUCAUCCUUAGAAUUGUCCUUGGCAUUCUAUGACAUCAGCAUACCCAUUUUGCACCUGCUAUGUACGGUUUACAGUAUGGUUGAAAACAUUUGUUGCUUUCAAAACACCCCAAAAUUGAUGCGCGCGGGGAUGUCAUCCAUAUAAUGAAACUGACAUGGCCUAACAUCGAGCUAUCUGCUACGUAGUGUUAUACUGUUACUCAAAUGGCUAAACCAAAUAGUAGCGCUAGUGUAUCAUGUAGAUAGACAAUAGAGGACAAUAAAAAGAACGGUCAGGAACUGCAGAUGUAUUCAAUUCUACAUUGAUACAAUGCAAUUGUAACGCUUUACUGACAAGGCAGAAAGCACAGUGAUCUAUUUAAUGAUGGGUGUUCAAGACUUUGUUAAAACUGGUUAAGAAUGUGGUACCAGUGUGGUCAUCAUAAUAUAAUGCAAAAUCCAAAGCUUAAUGUCAAAUGCUUCUUGAUUAAAUGUAAAAAGAUGAAACCUAUGCUAUAUGAUUGAUGCAUUUUUGUCUUUAUUACUAGGGCUGAAAGGGUGAAACCAACGCACAACAUGUUCUUCUUAUAUUCCACAACCACGAUAGAAUUAUUCAAUUACAAUACACGUCCGCAUUUGCUUCAAAUAUACACCCUUUUCCUGUUAUUGGACAUUACGCCAUCAAAAAUCAUUCUUCAGACUGGAAGAUUUUGUUGCAAGGUAAUCCAAUGAAGCAUGUAACACAACGGGCACUGUAAAUGCUUAAAAUCGCAUAAAACUAUCUCCUUAUUGACAAUGUAUGUCUGGACACCUGCGAAAUGUAUUAAUUAGAGAGGGCGGUACAAGAAGCUACCUGUGUGUAAAAGAACGUGCAAACAGUGCACGUCAAACAUGAUGGAAGACGAAACAUAUUUAUGUGAAACUGCUCUUUCUUCGAUCACGAAAGAAAAGA